GCUUCUUCUUCUUCUUCUCUUCCAAAAAAAAAAAAAAAAAAUCUCAAAUUUCUCCAUUUUCAAUUCUUCAAGAAAAUGAGGAUUCGAAAACCCAUACCCAAUUCACCAUCUUCAUCUUCAUCAUCGUCGUCAUCUUCGUCUUCUUCGUCUUCCUUGUACACCUUCUCUUCCCUAACCGAUAACUCCUUUGCUUCAUCCAUAGAUUCAUCUUCCUCAACUUCAACUUCUUCCUCUGUCACCACUGCUAGAUGUCAAGGCCUUGAUCUGCUAGUCAAGGCCAUUCAUCAGGUUACUGAUGGUUCUGUUGUGGGUGUCCCUUACAUUCAGAAAAGGGUCAUCACGAGGAGGAGGAGAAGAGUUUUGAGCUUUGAAAGGUUUUUUAUAGCAGAGUGUUUUGAGAAACAGGAUGAUGGGGUGAAGUGCAAAGAUGGGUCGUUGCCUAAAAGACAGCAAAGGAAGAGAUUGAAGACUGUUCCGACUAAGUAUCAAGAUUCAGCGAUGAUUCAGUCAUCAAAGCCGAAACCCAAAAGCCGGAGACUUCAGAGAUCUGCUAAGAUUUGUGAGGGAUUGGGGUCGUGAAACUGUUUUUCUCUAUUUUGAUUCUCCUCUUUUUCCGAGAUCUUAGAUGAUCUUGUUCUCUCAGAGGGUGAUGUAGCUUGUCACUUUACUUAUUUAUGGCUUGCUUAGUUUACUGUUUCGCUUCCAUUGAUCUCGGAUGAUGAAGCUUGAUAAUGGCAGAUGUUAAUCUGAUAGUGGUGUUUGGGCCAGUUUGGGCGCAACUCGACUAGUCCACCACCUGCUACCUCCUACAGGUACCAGCUAACUUAUUCUAUAUACCAAGAUGUAAGACAUUUUUUGGUACUUCUCUAUAUACCAAGAUGUAAGACAUUUUUUGGUACUUCUUGUAGUGGUCUCCCGUGAUUUUUCAUCCCGCUUCAGUGACUACUAGGCCACCUCCUCUGGGUGUGGCAAUUGUAAGCACUUGUCUUCUUUCUUUCUUCUGUUUCCUUUUGUCAAGCUCUUGUAGAAGUGAAAACACUAUAAAAGUUUUCUGCUAAGAAUUGCUUUAGCCUAUGACUGUUAUUAAAGCAGCCAGGACAGUGGGAAGCUCCUUGGCACUGGAAGAUGAAACAUGUUUAACUCAGAAUAAAUAGCAGAAGAGAGGUUUAGUCCUAUGCACCAGAUGUUAUCUGUGUCGAGAAAAUAAGGAAUCAGUUGAGCACCCUUUUUCUCCUCUGCAGAUUUGCCACUGUUGGGAUCCUUUUUAAGUAUUAAACGUAUUACGUUGGUGAUGCCUCGUUAUGUAAAGGGGUUAAUGGAAAGUUGGCAGUAACAGGUGGUUCCUAAAGAGUGAAAGCAGAUAUGGAGGACUGUUCCAUUGUGCAUUUCUGGAAAGUUGGCAGUGGCAGUUUGAACUGCUUACAAAAUUUGUAGUGCAAAAGUAGUCUACUGACUACUAGUAAGUCUGAGUCAGUAUAUGGAUUUCUUAGACUUGUUAGGAAGGAGUUUAUAAUAGGCUGCCUGUUCUGAACUUGAUAAUUUGUGCCCUUUUCUGGACCAUCUCGGUACACUAUUCAAUAAAGCCUUUUCCUCAUCAA